AUGCCUCGGCCCAAAGUCGACCCAAGGUUCCGCAAGCGAACCGCCAAGGCGUGUGUUUACUGUCGCAUGACAAAACAGAAGUGCGAUGGGUUAGCUCCAUGUGAACAGUGUGUGAGACGCAAUCGCUCGACAAGUUGCGCCUACUCGCCGCAUGAGCAGUCAUUUGGUCAUCGUCGCAACCGCCCGGGGCGUAUGCGCCGUACUCCUGAGACUGUACCACAAGCGAUUAGGGAAAUGGAAGUAUCAGCUGCGAUAUCAGAUUCCCUACCGGAGAAUAUCCAAGAGUUGAUCGAAACUGAGACUGGAUACGCUUCUAUUGCAGCAGAUGUCGCGGGUCUUUCGGUGAUUGAAGAGCUGCCCCCAGUACCGCCUGAUAACUUGACGGCUUACAAUAUCGGCAACACGGAAGAAUUGGAGCGUCUUAUUCGGGUCUACUUCAUAUCGACAUGUGGUAUAGUUGAUCUUUUCGAAAGAUCUCAUAUCGAGGGUCUGUUACAUCGCUGGAUCAACGGCCUCAUUCCCAUGAAAAGUGGAUCUGCGGCGGUUCUAUAUCUGGUCAUAGCCUGUGGGGCACAGAUAAGCUCCUCGAAUAUGCUUGACAACCUUCGAGCACAAUCUUUCUACCACCAUGGUCGACAGAUAGCCUUACUUGAGCUGACCAACUACCCCAGUGUCGAGACUGUGCAAGCAUUCGUUUUGAUUAGCAUCUUCAUGUUAGGAUGCUCUAGGCGAAAUGGUGCUUCGUUGAACCUUGGAAUUGCCAUUGGUGCUGCAAAAUCUCUCGGAUACCAUCAGUCCGAUGCAAAUUCAGCCUACGAUGAUAAUGAACGCCGGCAGAGAGCCCAGAUCUGGAAAACCUUGCGCUAUCACGACUUGUUCUUCUCUGCAAUGAUGGGCCGAAGCUCCUCUACUUCUGAUACGAGUUUUAACAUCGACGAAGCACACUCUUGUGCCCCCAUUGAGGAUGAAUGUGAUCAAAGCCUAUCUAUGACAGAGUCGGCGCGUGCAUUCCUCGUCAUGGAACACAUAAUUAACGACGUUGCGUGGGUUUUUGUCGCUGUGCUCGUCUUGAGCUCGGCCCAUUUUGGCCAACUAGAUCCCCAGAAAUCGAUAUCACGAACCCUGCGCCAAGCCGACGACAUCCUCGCUUGCUUUGCAGUGAACAGUCCGCAAGCCAGGCGGUAUCGCCUGAUUUUGAAGAAACUUUCAACAGCUGCAGAACGCCAGAACCAGACAAAGUCACAGUCUCGUGUUGUUCAUAUGCCACGAUUAUUCCAUUUGGACUCUGACGGCUCUGGAGGUGGUCCACUCCCCGGAGAUUCCAUUAUCCCCGAACAUGGGGAACAAAACGCAAGCAGACAUGGCUGUGCUUUGGGAGGGGAAGCAACAGAAGGCGGAGAUGCGGCUCAGCCUAAAACAUGCAACUGCUGUGGAAUUACCCCAAGCGGACGAGCAGCGGAUCCUGCUGGUAGAUCCGAAGCCUACCACAACUCUGCCUCAUUCUCACAAUCUGUCUUUCAUUCCGGAGAUAUCUUGAAUGCUUCUGGUUCCGACCUGGGCGGACCCCCAAUGACAACUACGAACGAAUCGCUUGGAUACGGAUCCCUGUUCCAGUUUGAAGGCGAUGCGUCUAUUUGGGAUUUUACCUGGGCCGGUUCGCUUUAG